CUGUGUCGUGAACGAGCUGAACCUCUGCAACAUGAACUGAGCAUUUUUAUCGCAGUAAACAUAAAACAUAAUAAACAGCGUAACUGUUUUUUUUCUCUUUAGCCCCCAAGAGUUAGCAAAGCCUUCUACAGAUGUCUUUCCACGCUGGCCGUGGAUGCCCGAGGGGAAGAGCAGCCGCUCCGGGUCCAAUGUAUCGGCCUGCUCCUCCACAGUAUCACUACGACCCUCCGGCUGCUCCAGGUCCUAUCUAUAACCCUCAAGGCAGCAGUAGCUACAUGCCACCUCAUCCUGACUUCAUGCCAUUCCAUUUCCCUGCACCCUCACAGGGCUCUAAUGCUCUGCCCCAAUGCCCCGUACGCCCACCGGUCUUCACAGAGCCGCCCCCUUUUCCUCCACCUGCUCUUCAACACUCGGACAGCUCCGCCCCAGUGCCUGUUCAGAGCUCUUACCCUUACAUGAUGCCCACCGUCACCCCACCACCUCUUCCACCUGUGCCACCCUCAGUUCCACCUUCCAUGCCCUAUCCACCAUCAUAUCCCAUGAGCUACCCUCCACAGCCACACCUCCCUCCUCCACCGAGCUUCAAUCCAGCUUACGUGCAGCCCGGAGGAUCCUUCAAACCUGAUCGCUCCCGCCCGCCUCUGCAAUACAAGUCGGACACCUGUUCCCGCUCCCCAGAAAGACCCCGUCACCAUGAUGAGCAUCGGCACAGAGGGCACAGCUAUGGAGGAUAUGGAGGUCGGCAUAACCGAGAGUUUGGAGGAGACAAACGGGACAGAGGGUGCAGUUCAGAGCGCAGGCGCUCAGACAGCCCACGGUAUAAAGCAGACUAUGACAGAGGGCACGUACCAUCAAGACACCGCAGCAGAGAACGCUAUCGGCAUAGAGAUGAGCCAGGUUCACCCACCUCAGACAGACACAGGAAACACAUCCGCAGUCGUUCAGGCAGUCGAGAGAGAAAGCGCCGACGUGUGGAGGAGGAGAAAGAGAGGAGAACAGACAGCACCUCAAGCAGUCGAGAGAGAUCGGUGAACUACAGCAGGAUUAGAGAUGUAGAGGAGACAUCCACUGACCGACAUGAGGAGGAGAAAGGAGAGGAGGAGUUACUCAAACCUGCCUGGAUCCGCUGUACGCAUGCUGAGAACUACUACUCCAAUGAUCCAAUGGACCAAGUGGGUGAUUCUACAGUCGUGGGAACCAGUAAGUUGAGAGAUUUGUAUGAGCGCUUUGAGGAAGAGCUUGGUCAGAGGCAGGAGCGAGCCAAAUCCAGUAGACCUAAUUGGGAACCACCCAAGACCAAACUGGACCAGGAUGAAGAUGAGAGCUCGAGCGAAUCAGAAUGUGAUUCAGAUGGAGGCGGUAGCAGUUGCUCAAGCAGUUCUGACUCUGAGGUGUUUGAUGUCAUUGCUGAGAUCAAGAGAAAGAAAGCUCACCCUGACCGCCUCCAUGAGGAGCUGUGGUACAAUGACCCUGGACAGAUGAAUGAUGGACCGUUAUGCAAGUGCAGUGCCAAAGCCAGGCGAACUGGAAUCCGACACAGUAUUUAUCCAGGUGAACAGUCAGUGAAAUCUUGCCGGCCGAUGUGUAACAAUGCUGGCAAACUGUUCCACUACAGAAUAACUGUGUCCCCACCGACCAACUUCCUAACAGAUAGACCCACGGUUAUUGAGUAUGACGACCAUGAGUACCUGUUUGAGGGCUUUUCCUGCUUUUCUCACACACCACUUACAAAUAUCCCUUUGUGUCGGGUUAUUCGCUUCAACAUCGAUUACACCAUCCACUUUAUAGAAGAGAUGGCACCUGAGAACUACUGCGUUAAAGGCCUGGAACUGUUUUCCUCGUACCUCUUUAAAGACAUCUUGGAGUUAUAUGAUUGGAAUCUCACAGGCCCUGAUGAAAAUGGCCAGUCAGGUUGUCAGAGGUUUCAUUUUAUGCCACGGUUCGUUCGGUUCCUCCCAGAUGGAGGAAAGGAGGUGCUGUCCAUGCACCAGGUGCUGCUGUAUCUGCUGCGCAGCAGCACAGCUCUAGUUCCUGAAGAGGAAAUCGCCAACAUGCUUCAGUGGGAAGAGCUGGAGUGGCAGAAAUAUGCUGAGGAGUGCAAGGGCAUGAUUGUCACCUACCCUGGCAUGAAACCCAGCUCUGUGAGGAUUGACCAGUUAGAUCGUGAGCAGUUCAAUUCCAGUGUCAUCACUUUCCCCAUCAUUGUGCAUUUUGGGAUCCGACCUGCACAGCUUAGCUACGCCGGAGACCCACAGUAUCAAAAGUUGUGGAAGAGUUAUGUGAAAUUGCGGCAUUUGCUGGCCAACAGCCCGAAGGUUAAACAAAUUGACAAACAGAAGUUAACGCAAAGAGAGGAAGCUCUGCAGAAGAUCAGGCAGAAGAAUACGAUGAGAAGGGAGGUCACAGUGGAGCUCAGCAGUCAGGGUUUCUGGAAGACUGGUAUCCGCUCUGAUGUCUGCCAGCACGCCAUGAUGCUGCCGGUUCUCACCCACCACAUCCGUUACCACCAGUGUCUGAUGCAUUUAGACAAGCUGAUCGGUUACAUGUUCAAGGAACGAUGCCUGCUGCAGUUGGCAAUGACUCACCCCAGUCAUCAUCUUAAUUUUGGGAUGAAUCCUGACCAUGCUCGCAACUCUCUGUCAAAUUGUGGCAUACGCCAGCCCAAAUAUGGAGACCGGAAAGUGCAUCAUAUGUACAUGAGGAAAAAGGGAAUAAACACCUUGAUUAAUAUUAUGUCAAGAUUGGGCCAGGAUGACCCAUCACCCUCCAGAAUCAAUCAUAAUGAGCGUUUGGAGUUUCUUGGUGAUGCAGUUGUUGAGUUUCUGACCAGUGUACAUCUCUAUUACCUGUUCCCAAACCUGGAGGAGGGAGGACUCGCCACAUAUCGCACCGCAAUUGUUCAGAAUCAGCAUCUUGCAAUGCUUGCUAAGAAAUUGGAGUUGGAUCGGUUCAUGUUAUAUGCCCACGGCCCUGACCUGUGCAGGGAGUCAGACCUCCGACAUGCCAUGGCGAACUGUUUUGAGGCCCUGAUAGGGGCCGUUUACCUGGAAGGUGGUUUAGAGGAAGCCAAGCAACUCUUUGGAAGACUGCUGUUCAACAGUGAGGAUCUGAGGGAUGUUUGGCUCAACUAUCCACCUCAUCCUUUACAGGUGCAAGAGCCUCUGACAGACAGGCAGUUGAUCGAGUCGUCUCCAGUUCUGCAGAAACUCACUAAUUUUGAGGAUGCCAUUGGAGUGCUGUUCACUCACGUACGUCUCCUUGCACGGGCCUUCACGCUGCGAACAGUGGGCUUCAACCACCUCACCCUAGGCCACAACCAGAGGAUGGAGUUCCUGGGAGAUUCUAUCAUGCAGCUGGUGGCCACUGAAUAUCUGUUCAUCCACUUCCCAGACCAUCAUGAAGGACAUUUGACACUCCUGCGAAGCUCCUUGGUGAAUAACCGGACUCAAGCGAAGGUUGCAGAGGAAUUGGGCAUGCAGGAAUAUGCCAUCACCAACGACAAGACCAAACGACCUGUUGCCUUGCGGACCAAGACUUUAGCCGAUCUACUGGAGUCAUUCAUUGCAGCUCUUUACAUCGAUAAAGACCUGGAGUUUGUGCACACAUUUAUGAAUGUUUGCUUUUUCCCACGACUCAAGGAGUUUAUCUUGAACCAGGACUGGAAUGAUCCAAAAUCGCAGCUGCAGCAAUGUUGUCUAACCCUGCGGACCGAGGGAAAAGAGCCAGACAUUCCUCUAUACAAGACACUUCAGACAGUUGGACCCUCUCAUGCAAGGACCUACACAGUGGCAGUGUAUUUUAAAGGUGAACGGAUUGGCUGUGGAAAAGGACCAAGUAUUCAGCAAGCUGAGAUGGGUGCAGCCAUGGAUGCCUUGGAGAAAUAUAACUUCCCUCAAAUGGCUCAUCAGAAACGCUUCAUCGAAAGAAAAUACCGACAAGAACUGAAGGAGAUGCGAAGAGAGCGAGAGCGACAGGAGAGAGAUAGUGAUGAAGGGUAGAAAAGCAGAAAGAUAAAGGAAAAAGCAGGAUGUUACAUGAAAUGUAAGAUGAAUGGCUGAGAGGAUACCGGGAAGAGAUACUGUCCAUGGAUAUGAGCUGAAUGGUGAUCCAAAAGGCGAUGGUGGAGAUGGUGAUGAAGACAAGGGAGACACACACACUCACGGUAGAGACAGGAGGGAACUUAGAGACGUUGGAGACAUGGAAGUACGAUACUAGGAGUCCUUGAAGUCAGCAGGUAGGAGAUUCCUAUUUGCAAACGAGACUGGACAGGGGUGAAGCGUGAGUGAGUGCCUUUUGAGUGUUGGCUGAUGGGCGUGUAGAUGAGUGGCAGGUGCGCGUGAUCAGUAUUCCGGUGAGGCUGUGCGCUGUGAUUGGGUGGUGUUGAAGCCUGGCAUGUCUGGGUGGUGUUGGGUGGUGUUGAAGCCCACCUACAGAGGGCCAAGGACCCCGACGUCAGGAUGAUCUACCUCUUUCUCGAGGGGCAGGUCUGUUGGGAUGAGUGCCGUGGAUGGUUUCUAGUAGGUUAGGGUCGAGUAUGUCAUUGCAUGGGACCCAUGAACGCUACUCAGGGCCAUAACCUUCCCAAUCCACCAGGUAUUCAAGUUGCCCUCCACGACACAGGGAAUCCAGGGUUUCGCGAACCACGUAAGCAGCGCCGUCGUCCAGGAUGAGUGGAAGGGGGGUCUCGGCUGUGGCUACGCCAGGCUCUGUGGAGAGAGUAACAGAAGGAUGGAGAGGUUUCAGGAGGGAUACGUGGAAUGUGGGGUGAAUGCGCUACUCAGGUGGGAGUUGAAAUUUAUAUGUGACUGGGUUGAUCUGCUCCGUGAUGUUGAACGGGCCAAUGAACCUGGGACUUGGUAGAUGCAGGCGAAUGUCCCUAGUUGACAGCCAGACUUUCUGUUCUGGUUGAUAGGUUGGGGCUUCUGAACGGUGGAGGUCUGCUGUCAUCCUGCGUCUACAUAGGGCUCAUUGUAGCUGGUGGUGGGCGGAGUCCCAGACCCUCUCACUCUCUCAGAACCAGUAGUCGAUGGCUGGUACGUCUGAGGGUUCCCCUGACCAGAGGAAUAGCGGUGGUUGGUAGCCGAGUACGCACUGGAAAGGUGUGAGUCCGGUGGAUGGCUGGCGCAGGGAGUUUUGAGCGUACUUGGCCCAUCCCAGGUACUGGUUCCAAGAGUCCUGGUGGCCGUGACAGAAGGUACGGAGGAUGCGACCGAUCUCUUGGAUCUUCCCCUCCAUCUGCCCGUUAGACUGCGGAUGGCAUCCCGAAGAUAGGCUGGCGGCCGCACCUAGGAGCGAGAAGGCCUUCCAGACUCUUGAGAUGAACUGCGGUCCUCUGUCCAACACAAUGUCUUCAUGGAAGCCAAAGUACCGGAAUAUGUGGUUGAACAUGAGCUCUGCAGUUUCCAUGGCAGUAGGUAGUCCCUUUAAAGGAAUCAGACGACAGGAU